AUGUUGCAGCGCUGGCGUGAGGAUGUGUACGGCCUCAACCCGAAGGACUUUCGGCCCUGGUUUGCAUCGUGGGCGCAACACGCCGAGACCCAGAUCGACAAGCCGUGCGGCGGCGACGAGCUGACCUACUACCGACAGAUCCUGUUCCCGAGCUGGGCGUCCAACCAUGCGACCCUCUUCGCCGAGGCGACCAAGUCCCUGGUCUAUGGGAGCGAGGAGCAUAUCACCGAGCGCAACCCCACGAAGGCCCAUCAGAUGCAUCUGCCGCCUCGGAUUCUGCAGCAAAUGAACGCCGCCCGCGGCCGCCUCCGCACCCUCGCGCAGAGAGAUCUCUUCGUCUGGAUCACAGUGAUGCUGGAAACCUCCUCUCCUGCCCCGUGCUGCGAACCCACCGUCUUCGAGCUCUUCCGCGAGCUGCAGCGCAUCGGCGUCUGA